GAGAGGACGGAGCGAUGCGGAGACAAUAGGACGCAGCGAGAGCCGCAGGAGGGGGGUCAGAGGCAGGAUGCUCGGCGCCACUUGCAGCGGGACUCAGGUUUUCACCUGGCCUCGGUAUGAGCCCACCUCCACCUGCGAGUCUAGCCGCAGUGUGGGCUGACCGUGGACGCCACAGUCCCCGGAUGGACACCGACUGAAGGUGACACCAGUUGCUAACCACCUCACUGGUCUCGUCUGAGAAUCCGUUUUCUGGAUCCCCCACUACCAGUCCAUCCUUUGAAGCACUCCCCAGCAUGAGCUCCUCUCAAGCCAACAUGGACAUCCUGGAUGAACUGCAGCUGAUCGCUGCUCAAAACCUGGAGAAACUGGAGGUUAACAAGUACUACGAGGUGAUUAGAGAGCUGGGCAAAGGGACCUAUGGCAAGGUGGACCUGGUCAUCCACAAGAUCCGAGGUACAAAAAUGGCUCUGAAGUUCCUGAAGAAAAAGACGACCAAGCUGAAGUCUUUUCUACGAGAGUACAGCAUUUCUCUGUACUUGUCCCCCUGCCCCUUCAUCAUCAACAUGUUCGGCAUUGCCUUCGAGACAGACGACUACUAUGUCUUUGCGCAGGAGUAUGCUCUGGCAGGAGACCUCUUCGAUAUCAUCCCUCCACAGGUUGGUCUUCCUGAGACGGUGGCAAAGCGUUGCGUGCAUCAAGUAGCCAUUGCUCUGGACUAUCUGCACUGUAAGAAGCUGGUUCAUCGGGACAUCAAGCCAGAAAACAUUCUCAUCUUUGACAGAGAGUGCCGCAAAGUCAAGCUGUCUGACUUUGGCAUGACUCGUCGAGCUGGCUCGCCUGUCAAAAGAGUGAGUGGCACCAUCCCCUACACAGCCCCAGAGCUCUGCGACGUGUCCCGCCAUGAAGGAUUCUGCGUGGACUAUAGCACUGACGUUUGGGCGUUCGGUGUACUGCUCUUCUGCAUGCUGACGGGGAACUUCCCCUGGGAGAAGGCGCUCCCCUCCGACUCCUUCUAUCAAGAGUUCGUCCACUGGCAGAGGAGAAGGACGAACACGGUGCCGUCACAGUGGAGGCGCUUCACCGAACAGGCCCUCCGCAUGUUCCGCCGGUUGCUCUCGGUCGAGCAGGACCGCCGCUGCUCUGUGAAAGAGGUGUUCGGCUACUUCAGCCACUCCUGGAUGCUGGACGCAGAGAACGAUAACAACGGUAACACAGCAGGAGCAGGCGGUGGAAGGGAGAUGGUCGGCAGCAGUAGCAGCGAAGGAGGAAGAGGGAACGCACAAGGAGAUAUGGAGGGCACCAGCUCGGUGUCUUCAUCUGGUGAGGAAGACGAAGAGCUCCUGGUGGAGAGGAUGAAGCAGCAGACUCUGUCACCUCGCUCCCCUCUGUCGCCCCUGUCCCCCAUGGCAGUGGAGAGGGGCAGCGGUGGAGCCAAAGGAGGCUUGAUCGAACCAGGCGGCGGGCACCAUUUUGUUUCCGUCUCCACUAACAGCUCCGUGUCAUCCACCAACAGCUACGACAGGGUGCCGCGAGAAAACGGUUCCCCAGGGAGCCGCAUGCUGGUGGCCACGCCCAUAGAAAUCUGCGUCUGAGCAUGACUCAUCACUUUUAUACCUCUCAUCCAACCACAGAGAUGUGCAUGCACUGAAAAAAAAGUUAAAGUACUAACAAACGUCUUGGACAGGAAGAGCGUCAGAGGACGGUUUUGUGGAACGCACACAUUCUUCGAUCUCCUGAGAAGACAACAAAAGCACGGCCUAAUGAUGAGUCGGUGACUGUUUCAAAUGUGUAGCGACGGUGAAAAUGAUCAUCCAUUACAGUGCGUCACUAAAAGCUUGGGAAAAAGAAAACCAAAAUGCAUUUCUGAAAGCAAUACUUGCAGCAAAAAAAGAAAAAACAAGGAGAAAAAAAGAGUCAGAAUGAUGUGAUUUCAUCUUUUUUUAUUUCUUUUUUUGGAUGAAGACUGAAAAGCAGCCAUGUUUAACGUGACGCGGUGGUUUCAGGUGUAGGAAAAAUGUGUUGGUGUUUGUGUGUGACCCUAACAGACGUGGAUUUAUUUUGCUUUGAGAGUUGUGUUAUUUAUUCAGAUUU